AUGUCUCAUACAUCUGUGCCUGUCCCUGCUUUCCAUCAGGCAAAUGGUCCUCCACAGUUGCUUCCAUUGUUGACAUAUCACACAGAAUUACUUUAUCCAACUACUUUGUUUGUCUUGAUAUCCUCGCAAGAAGAGAUAUUGUUUUCUACACUUAGGGGACACGUUCUUCCUCCUCCUUCGUGUAUCUUCAUCGGCACAUCGUUUCGUACAACCACACCUAUCUCUUCUCGCCCUUCCACUCCCAAAGUCACCAAAGCAGUUUCCUUCUCAGCCGAGCAUGUGUCGCAGCUCGGUGAGCUAGACCAGUUGUCCAUGUGCUCUUCCAUCACGUCCAUGAAUUCCAAUACAUCGAAAAUUCUCAAACCAGAGGGUGAGGCAGGGUGUCCGGGUCGUGGUGGAUAUAACUUGGAAGAUACACUCCAUUGGGAUGCUCUUCGCUUCAAACAGUUCAAGGAGUCCGUUCACCGAUAUAUCAACAAGCAUUGCGACACUCACAAGAGCAAAACGCACCAAUUACCUACUGCAUUAAUUUCUGUUCAGAAUGAUUCAUCGCACACUUUCCUGAAUUACAUGACUAUCAAGACUGUUGGCCAGUGGGAGAUGUAA